AUGUCAACAACAGAGAACACAACAACUGCUAUCGUUCAUGAAGCCAUAAAUGAAGAAUACGAAUACAUACAAUAUAACAAACAACUUCGCCUCAUUCGUUCGGUCAAAGAUGACAUGUACCAAAUGCAAAGUAUAAUGAAUGCUCUUCGUUCUACAAAGCAAGCAUAUCAUUGGUUUGAAAACCAACAGACAAAAGAACUUUUAGAAGAAUUUCCUCAUAUGAUUGCUUCCCCCGGAAAACCGAGAGAAGAGAUUCCGUACGAAAAUCGCAAGAAUUUGGCUCCUGGUUUGAAAGGAUAUUAUGUUCAUAGACUUUUAGUAAAUGCUGUAGCAAUGUGGGCUUCACCUCGUUAUGCUUGUUAUAUUUUCAUGAUGUUAGAUGAACUAUAUAAAGCAGAACGUGGAGAGAUGGAAAAGAAACUUCAAGCAAAAGAUGAAGUCAUUGAAUCCAAAGACAAAAGCAUACAGAAAAGAAUACCGCGUUCAGUACCAAAAGGAAAGGAAAAAAGCUAUAAGUAUAUGAUUUACGCUGAAGAGUUGGAGAAAGAAGAAGAUAGAGAUAUGGUUAUGUUGCAUUUAGUGAGAAGAAACAACAAGAGCUUUUAUGACUUAGCUAAAAUAUAUAAAUCUGACAGAAACUGGUUCUAUCGUGACAACUUACCGAUUUCAAUGACACCGAAUGAAGAUGUUAAACAGAUAGUUCAAGACACGCUUCCUCAAACACACUAUGAUAUCAAAGGUUGCACAAUACUUACAUUCAAAGAAGACUUACCGCUACUGAAAGAAAAAAUAACAGAAUAUUUCGACAACUUCAAAGAGGAAGAAUUAACAAAAAUAUAUUUUUGCUUAAAUGACGUCAGGGUCAAUUUCUUCAACCAUUUCACUUUCUUCGUCAAUGUCAAUAGAAGCUUCUUCAACCUUUGGUAUGAAUUUCUGUAUAACAUCUUUGUUCGUUAUUGUCUUCAGAGAUGA